AUUGAUUUCAAUUGUGGCCCUAGCCAUGUGGCUUCAGUUUCGGGUUCUCCGUUCUCGAUUCCGUGUCAAGCAACUGGUGCAACCUCAGCACCGAAUAAUUUAGCACUGCACAAUCCUCCCAUCCCGCCAAAUGCCACAUUCGAGGGCGUCCCUGCCGCGUAUGAUGACACUCAGAAGCGGCGCUUUGAACACCCGCGCAGUCUUUCGCGUUCUCUGCGGCGCUCUAGAACCUUAGUUCCCUAUGAAGACGAGCACGAGGUUGCUCUCAGGACACAAAAUUUGAUGAAUGAUGAAUCGCGGCCUUUAUAUCGUGACCAAGGAAAGUGGAAUCAUGCCUUCCGUGAACCUGAAAAAAUAAGGAAGUGGAAUGAUGUGGGCGGAGAUACGAAAGGAAACGAAGCUAUCCCAGAUUACCAGUCUCCUAACACAUUCCACGAGCUGUUUCGGAACCCUGCAGCUGCAGCCAGUUGGGAUCGUUCGGUAUCUCUGGCAAAUGGACAGCCCGAGAGGACUCCCGCCGGGCCGGGGCCACGGAUCCAUGAGAAUGAAGCACGAGAGGUAGCAGAUCGCAAGCUUGCUCUUCAACUUGCUCUCCAGGAUUAUGAAACGAAACGUGAAUAUGACAGUUUGUCUGCUCAGUAUUCGCCCCAGGAGAUCUUUGAAUGCUCUAUCUGCAUGGAAGCCCAGCCAACCGAAGCCGCCAUGUCCAUCACGACCUGCAAGCAUGUGUUUUGUCGCAUGUGCUUGAAGUUCCAUGUUGUUGCCAGGCUGGAGGAAGGUCGUCACCCCAUAUUUUGCCCGAUCUGUUCUGCAGACAAGAACAUAGAUCAAAAAGGAGAAAUUUCAAUCACCAUGGCUGAGUUGCUUGGGCUGUCUGAAAGACAAUUCGUUAUGUGGGAAAAGCUCAACUUGGCUCAACACUCGGUUUGGAUUGACUGCCCUCGAUGCAAGAGGUCAUCACUCGUGGACCGCGACGACUUCCAGGAUAGUUCGGAGCUUCAAUGUCCGCUUCCUACAUGUCGCUGUGUAUGGUGCAAGAAAUGCAUGAGCCAAAUCGAUCGAGCGGUCGGCACCCAUUCAUGUGAUGGGCAAGCUGAAAUGGAUCGCUAUAUCGCGAGUGGAUCCGCCACAAAGCGCUGCCCAGGUUGCACAACACCUACGGAGAAAACUGGCGGAUGUAAUCAUAUGACAUGUUCUGCUCCUGGUUGUAACACGCAUUUCUGCUGGACGUGCGGGAAGUCGAUUAUCCGCACUCGAAUCCAGAGCCAAAUCCAGACGGCAGUAGAGGCUCAUUAUGGGCAGUGCGAAUUCUUCCAUUACAAUUAAACUCGCCUCAGGCUCUGGGAAUUUUGCUUUGCAAGGACUCGCUUGAAGUGCCAAUCAGAUGCUGACGAAAGAUGGACUCACCUCCCUUCCCUUGGACGCGCCCCUAAACGCCACCUUAGAAAGCGGGUGUGGCUUUUUCAGCGUGUCAUUAUACCAUGCUCAUCGUGUGAAUCAUCAGCUUUGGGGAAAACGACGAUAAACAUUUGGUGGGAAUGUGAGGCUGGACGUCUG